GCACAUCCCUCUACGCCAUUAAACACUGAAACACAUAUAUGGAUUAUGGAGUAUUAUUCUUCCAAACGCAACUCUUCUCAUAAAGCUUCAUUCCCUUAACUUCCUUCCGGAUCUUGAAAGAUGCCAGCUUUAGCCGCACGUCGCUCGCCCAGACUAGCCGGCGGGAUCAAAGCCGUGGAUCCGGUGACUGUCAAUGUCGAGAUGCGCGUCUCUACUCCUCAGAAGCGCACGUUCGAUUCAGAAUCUUAUAUGUGUUCAUCUCCCCCAUCGGUGGAUAUGUCUCCAGCAAAGUGGAAGUCGCCUAGGCGAUGCCUCGCUGGUAGCCCGAGCAGUCCCGCAAUGGAGGUCAGGGAAGAUUGUUGUGAUAAAACAAUCAAAUUGAGGAAAUCACCGGUCAAAAAGAGGUUGUUUGACAGUUCCACUGACAAACCGAUCUGGAAUCCGAGAGACAUGGAGCAAUUGAAUGUUGUGAAGGAGGCAUUGCACGUAUCUACUGCUCCAUCAAACAUAGUUUGCCGAGAUGUCGAACAAAAUAGGGUUCUGGAGUUAUGCAAGCAAUGUGUUCAGCAGGAAAAGGCUAGCAGUUUGUAUGUCUGUGGAUGUCCAGGAACUGGAAAGUCACUCUCAAUGGAAAAGGUCAAAGAAGAAUUAAUUGAAUGGGCUAAAAAGGAGGAUCUUCAGCAACCAGAUGUGUUGUCCAUCAAUUGUACUUCUCUGACAAAAACUUCAGAAAUUUUUAACAAGAUACUUGAAAGGGUUCAGCCUCAGAAGAAGCUUAGUGGUUUGACUACACCACUGCAGCUUCUUCAGAAAUUGUUCUCGGUGAAGCAGCAAGCUGGCACAUCCAUGAUGUUAAUAGUUGCUGAUGAGUUGGAUUAUUUAAUCACCAAAGACCGAGCUGUACUUCAUGAUCUCUUCAUGCUAACAACAUUUCGUUUCAGUCGUUGUAUUAUAUUAGGAAUCGCUAAUGCUAUUGACCUUGCUGAUAGAUUCCUUCCCAAACUUCAGGCUUUGAAUUGCAAGCCGAUGGUUAUAACAUUUCGUGCAUACUCCAAGCACCAGAUCAUCAUGAUUCUUCAACAAAGAUUAGCAGCACUUCCAUACACAAUCUUCCAACCUCAAGCACUGGAGCUAUGUGCAAAGAAAAUUGCAACUGCAUCUGGAGAUAUGAGGAAAGCGCUUUCAAUUUGCAGGAGUGCAAUUGAAGUGUUAGAAGCUGAGAUUAGACACUCCAUCAACAGCCCAAGUUUGUCUAUGAUUGAGACGGAAGUUUGUAAUCCCCCUUCUGCUACUCUGAGGAUGCCAGAUAACAAUAUUGUGAGGGUUGACCAUGUUGCUAGGGCUUUAUCAAAUGCGUACAAAUCCCCAGCAGUAGACACCAUUCAGUCUCUUCCCCAACAUCAACAGAUCAUCCUUUGUUCUGCUGUAAAGCUGUUUCGUGGGGGAAAGAAGGAUUCGACUAUAGGCGAGUUGAGCAAACACUACAUGGAUGUCUGUAAAUCAACUUCAAUUCCAGCUAUUGGUAUUAUGGAACUGUCAAGUAUGUGCAGGGUGCUUGCUGACCAGGGGCUUCUAAAGAUAGGACAAUCUCGAGACGCUAAAUUGAGAAGAGUGACUUUGAUGGUUGAUGAAGCAGACAUCACUUUUGCAUUGCAGGGAAUUCGCUUCUUUCGUAACUGUCUUCAAUGAGCAUGGAAUUGCUGAGAUGAAUCUCGGCGGGAUCUUAUACUUCUGGUACUCUUGAUUGCUUCGCAUUCCAAUGAAUGAGUUGUUAAUGAAGGAAUAUAUAUUAGUUGCAUACACUAGGUAUAGAGGAUUUGACUAAAUCUAUUUAUAUAUGUUGUAAUAUGAUUAUAGAAAGUCCUCAAAUAGUCAAGGAAGCAUAUAGUGCGGUAAACUGUAGUAUUGCCUGCCCUAGGCAAGUUGGCAUAGUUUGGUUUCAAUGAGCAUUUGCUUAUGAUUAUGAAUAGAUGAAUGAGGAACUCCUUUGUAAUACAACUAUACAAGCAUUAUUAUAUAUGUACUCGGUACAAAAGGUCAAAAGUUACUUUUG